GACGUCGAACGAAACGAACGUUUAAGUUGAAGUUGAAAUUGAGUCGUGUAACAAGCGCGUAGAUUUACUUUGGAUCGCAACCAUAAAAAGUGCUGUGUUUGUUUAUAUUAAAAUAAAUAGAAUGUAGCUCCCUCGCGGAUGCUUAAAAUAAAGGUGCAUUUUAAAAAAUAUGUAAUUUUCUAGAAUUGCAAAAGAAAACUUAAUUUCUUAAUUUUAACGUAUACGCCUCAGUGUCCUUUCUAUGAAGUCAUUCUUUUUCGUUCUUAUUUCUUUUACUCAACACAUUUUUUUAAUUUAAUUAACAACGUAAAUUCAAUUAAAAUUUCAACAUGUUUCUAUUCGAAGUGUGAUAACAUUAGAAAUUCUUUAAAAAUCUAUAGUUUUGUGUUGUAAAAAUCCUUGUGACUAAAUAAACUUGGAGCAACAAACCGGCAAAGUAUUUUUUUGUGUUGAUGCUAUGCGCGUGUAUCUUUGCGUUUAGAAUAUCGUAUCUUUUUGUGUGAGAAAACAAUUAAAAUUCAAUGUGCAAAAAUGUGCACGAAAAAUCAAAUCAAUAUCCUAAUGGAAAAAUUAAAUACGACCUUUCAAACUUGCCCAAUCAACUGCACAGGUGAUCCAGACACUAUUAGCACAGACAACGAAACUCCUACUCGAACAAGUGCUACAAAACGCCAAGCUCCACAACCGCCACCAUCAUCGCUGCAAGGCCAACAACAACAACAUCAAGGCGCUUCAGUCACAACACAUACCAAUUACCAAUCCGAGCAUCAGGAUUCAAGAACCCAAGCCCAAACACAAUCGGAGUCCUCACCUUUUUAUGCGAAUCUUGAUUUUUCUUCGCUACGAACUCGUUUACAAGAUUUUAAUUGCCUAAACAGUUUACAACGUUACGUAAACACAAAUGAUCGGGCUAAUAAAACAAAUGACGACAGUACUGGCUCCAGAAAUAAUUACGCGAGUAAUAUUCUAGAGUACAACUACGAACAAACUAACCCGAAUCAUCAGAAAGAAACACCAUUGCAUAAGUUUUAUCGGGCGCAACAGCAGAAAAAGAUGCCGGCGUUUCGGGGAAAACGCGGCUGGUGUGGUUGUUUUCAGGAUGACGAACCACCUGAAAUAUGUGUUGUCGAAGGUGCCUUUACUCUUCAAACACUUACCCCUACGCAACCAAUGCCAUCAGUUGACGAACUGGACACAAAAUUUGCUGAACUCGUAGAAGAAUUGGAUCUUACUGCUCCAAAUAAGGAGGCAAUGUUAAGUCUUCCACCCCAAAAAAAAUGGCAGAUCUAUUGUUCACGAAAAAAUCCGCUCGAUACGGUCGAUGGAAAUCCAGCUGCCAUUACUGUGCCUCCAACAGCAGAUCAUUACAUCGAACGCCUCAAGGAUAUAGUCAUUCAUAUUUCACUUAAUCCUGAAGACUCCCCGUGCCAUGAAUACAGUUCAAGAAUUGAGCCGCAUACGGCAUUCUUGGAUGCGCUCAAAACUGCUUUGCGUACAUCUGCGCAUAGCUUUGUGUUGCGUUUUGUUGAACUGCAAGGUCUGCCGGCAUUAUUAAAUCUUCUGCAAAACUUGGACAUUCGUGUGGCAAAUAGUUCUUUACAUACUAGUCUCAUUGGAUGCAUAAAAGCUCUUAUGAAUAAUUCCACGGGCCGUGCUCAUGUGUUAGCCCAUCCAACCAGUAUUGAUACAAUUGCUCGUUCUUUAGCAGCAGAUAAUAUUAAAACCAAAGUAGCAGCAUUGGAAAUUCUUGGAGCUGUUUGUUUGGUACCCGGAGGUCACAAAAAAGUUCUCACAGCGAUGCUUAAUUUUCAAGAGUUUGCAGCAGAACGAACGAGAUUUCAAAGUAUUUUAAAUGACUUGGACCGAUCUACGGGUGCUUAUCGUGACGAUGUCAACCUCAAAACAGCUAUUAUGUCAUUUAUCAACGCAGUACUCAACUAUGGGCCAGGACAGGAAAAUCUUGAAUUUAGAUUACAUUUGAGAUAUGAAUUUUUGAUGUUAGGCAUUCAGCCAGUAAUUGAUAAAUUAAGAAAACACGAGAAUGAAACCUUGGAUAGGCAUUUGGACUUUUUUGAAAUGGUUCGUGCUGAAGACGAGAAGGAAUUAGCUAGAAAAUUCAAUCAUGAACAUGUCGAUACUAAGAGUGCAACAACUAUGUUUGAUUUUUUGAGACGAAAACUAAGUCAUUCGCCAGCUUAUCCACAUUUGUUAUCCUUGCUGCAACAUUUUCUUUUGCUGCCAUACACCGGUCAUUGUACUCAACAUUGGUUGAUGUUUGACCGAAUAGUUCAACAAAUUGUUCUCCAAACUGAAGAACGACCAAGAAGUGAUAUCGACCCUGAUGAUGUUAGCAAAGAAGCUCAAUCACUUAUUCAAGACCCAGAUUGCUCACCUAUCCAAAUUAAUGUAAAGGAAAUCGUUCAAUUGCUUGUCAAAGAAGAACAGCUCACAGCUGCUCGCAAACGAGCCGACGAACUGGAACGGGAAAAUUUCGAAGUUCAGUCACGCUUAGCAAAAAAAGAGCAAGAGCUUGACUUGCGAAUGCAAGAGAAGGAGGAUUUAGAAACGAGCCUGGCACGUAUGCGAGAACGUCUCGAAAAAGAAAGCGCUAACCACUCACAGGCAGUGCAACGCGCUCAAAAUGCUGAAAUGAAAGCCGAAGACUUGCAACAUCGUUUAUUAAAUGAACAACAGGAGAGAACAAGAUUGGAAAGACUCGUUACGGAAGGUAGUAUUCCAGACGAUCAGAAAGUUGCUGGCCUAACUGGAUGUAAUGGAGCUGUGUCACCACCGCCGCCUCCAGCGCCAAAGUUCAUACCACCUCCACCCCCACCAAUGGCUGCAGCACCACCUCCGCCACCAUGCCCAGGUGCACCUCCACCACCAAUGGUUACACAGCCUCCACCAGUGCCAAAAAUUGAGGUCGCAAAGAAAAAUGUGCCCCAACCAGCAAACCCAUUGAAGAGUUUUAAUUGGUCUAAACUUCCUGAUGCCAAAGUACAAGGGACCGUGUGGAGCGAGCUUGAUGAAUCUAAAUGGUACACCAACAUGGAACUAGAUUGCAUAGAUAAAUUGUUUUCGGCAUAUCAGAAAAAUGGUGUUACAAAUGAUGGUUCCAUUGAAGACCUAAGAAUGAUGGGAAAAACCAGGACGAAAAUUCUCUCUGUGAUUGAUGGACGUCGUGCACAAAACUGUACAAUAUUGCUCUCCAAACUCAAAAUGACUGAUGAGGAAAUUUCAAAGGCAAUUCUUUCGAUGGACUGCAGUGAACAAUUACCGAUUGAUAUGGUUGAGCAGCUCUUGAAAUUCACGCCAUCGGCAGAGGAACGGGCACUGCUGGAUGAACAUAGUGAAGACAUUGAAUCAUUAGCUCGGGCCGAUCGAUUUCUUUAUGAAAUUUCAAAAAUCCCGCACUACGAACAGCGACUCAAAAGUCUGCACUAUAAGAAGCGAUUUAUGAUCACAGUAAAUGAUCUGAUACCUAGGAUAACAAGCGUUAUGGAAGCGUCUCGAGAAGUUGCCAGGUCAAGACGGCUACGUAAGCUGCUCGAAUUAGUUCUAGCAUUAGGUAACUAUAUGAAUCGAGGCGCCCGUGGAAAUGCAUCUGGUUUCCGUUUAGCAUCUCUUAAUCGGUUAGCUGACACCAAAUCAAGUGCUGCCAAAGGUACAACUCUUCUCCACUAUCUGGUGCAGGUUAUCGAUAAGAAGUUUAGAGAUCUUCUUAAACUGGAAGAAGACAUCCCACAUGUUCGAGUCGCUUGUAAAGUAUCGCUUGGCGAAAUGGACAAAGAUAUUCAAAUGCUACGAACUGGUAUGACCGAAGUCUCCCGAGAAAUCGAGUUUCAUCGCAGCUCGGGUCCAGCGCAACAAGGCGAUCGUUUCUUACCAGUGAUGCGAGAAUUUCAUGCCCAAGCAUCAGUUAGAUUUGCGGAAUUAGAAGAUCAAUUUCAAGAUAUGAAAACUAGGUUCGAUCGGGCAGUAAGACUUUUCGGUGAAGAUGGUUCUGUCGUGCAGCCGGAUGAAUUUUUUGGAAUAUUCGAUGCGUUUUUAGCAGCUUUCUCCGAAGCUCGACAAGAUAAUGAAAACUUCCGAAAACGUCAAGAGGAAGAAGAAAAACGUGCAAAGCAAGAAGCUGAGCUGAAAAAGAGGACAAUAGAACGCAAAAAUAAAGAAGGGCUCAUGAGUUCGGUUGCCAGGAAUUUAGGUUUUAAGUCGAGUUCAAAUGGCAAGGACGCCUCACCAGUCAAGGGUGACAACAAGGGUGAGUUUGAUGACUUAAUAUCAGCUCUACGAACCGGAGAUGUAUUUGGAGAAGACAUGGCCAAAUUUAAAAGAUCUCGCAAAACUCGCUUGGGAAAUGGCAGUACUUCACCACCGAGACAUAGUCUACAUCGAGAAGAGAGUCGUGAGAGAACUAUUCGUCGACAGUAACGAAAUUUAUAUUGUUAGAUUAGGUAAAUAAGUUCGUCUUGAUACAUUUAUACUUCGUGUGUAGUAUUUUGUACUCUUGAUAUAGUUUUACACUGAAACGUAAUUGUAGCGUUAAAUUAUUUAUUAUUGAUGAUGGAGUUGUUUUUAUAUAUGUGCGAACACCAAAAUGGACUUGGUCCUCAAAUAACAGAGCUGUAAUCAUUAUUUCAUACAAAAAAGAGAAUUAAAUUGAUAAAUCCUUGAUCCUAAAACAAAUUUCUAAAUUAUUUUAUGUAAACAUUAUGUACGUAUAAACUUCGGUUUAUGAACAGCUUAUUUAAAUCUUUGUAUAAUUUACUUAUGUAGUUUUAAUAAUAAAUGAAAAAUUAUUGUACCUUCUUAAAAAAAGAAAUAUUAUAUUACUUAUUAGAUCCUUGUUGAAAAUAUUAUAUUCUUCUCAAAUUUUAAAAAGAGAAGUUUUAAUCGAACGCGGAACUAGAAUCCCAAUUUUGUUUUAAAUGUUAAAAAUUCUUAAUUAAGAAAAUAAGAAAAAUUAAAAGGAACCAAGAAUUAUUGCAAUACAAUUUUAUUAGAACAGAAUUAUGUAUUAUUAUGAGAAUCUUUAUAUCGGAAACUAAAUUAUAAAUAAAUCUAAUGGAAAACAAA